AUGAACAACUCCGAAGACGAAGAGAAGAUAAAGCUGUUUCAAGAACGCAGCUUGAGGAAGGAGCCAAUGGGAUGGAGCCACUCAUUCCAGGAAGAUAGGAUCAAGGAAGUGAUGAUCAUCUUGAAUGACCAAUCAGGUUUAGCUACCCAGCAGCUUGGAAAAUGGACCAAUGGAAGGUGCCAUUGUCAUGGAAGGAUAAUGAUGGAUGGAAGCUGCUGGAGGAAUGUCUUCACGCCAUUGGUUGCACACAGGAGAGGUGUCGCCAUUCUGAAGCAAGGAGAUCCACCACCAGCUUCCCUCCAAGCCUAUAAAUAG